AUGUGGAACACGGAACACACCUUCAUAGACUGCGACGGGUGGUGGAGACAGAGACUUGAGCUCGAAGUGGAACUUGGCCGUGCCAUCACCCCGAAGAGAAUGCUAGAAGGGAUGAUAAAGAAGAGGAAAAAGUGGAACGCUGUUGCCAACUUCAUAACGGCAGUGCUUUCAAGGAAGGAAGCUGAUGAACGGGCAAUACAGGCUGCUGAAAGAAAUGUUGUAAUAUAG